GGGGACCUGGUGCCUGGGCCGGGCUGCAGCGCCCCGGUGGCCUCCGUGAGAGCCGGCGGCUGCUCCGAGGCUGGGGUAGAGCAGGAACGGCCCUGGAGCAGCCUGGGGGUAGAGCCCCGGUGACCUUGACCUCCGGGAUUUAGUGUAAAUUCUUCUUGGUGACGGAUAGAGGAAAUUACAAAACCCUCCUCUGUUUCGUGUGGUCUUUCGCGUUUAUAGCAUGGGCCUACCUGAGUGUCCAUUUCUACCCUGUGCUCAGUGCAGGGCUGGGGCUGUGACACCGGCUGCCUUCCUACAGCCGGGCCGGAGCAGCCACACGCUGUUGCUGUGUGUCAAUUACUCGUGUCUUGCAUCACAGAGGUUUGCAAGCUUUCUCUGAGGUUUCUGGAGAGAUUUUCAAAGGCCCACCAAUCUUCACGUUCCCAGAGCUGGGGCAUUCUCAGCUUGGUCACAGUAACCCUGAAACAGACAGGGUGUCAGCAGGUGUGUAGCUGCUCUGGCUAAAGCUUGGGUUUCUCCUUUUUGUGUUUUAUUUUAACUGAGUGAGAACAUGCCCAUCUAUUACUUAGGGAGCCUGUGUGUUGUGCUGCAGGUUGGCAGCAUCAUUCCUGUAAUUUUUAGCUGAGAUGGCCUUCCCUUCUAGAUGGAGGCAUAACUUGAGCUUCUGGAGGUGUGAGCUGAAACAGACAACAUCCCACUCUGGUACCACGUGCAUCUCUGACAAAGCAAGUCCCAGACUUAAGGAUACCAGUAGCCCCCAGGGACCUGUUCUUAGCUCUGCCAAGAUGGAAAUAACUGCACUGAAUGUCAUUUCAGUGUUGCUGCCCUGGGGCAAGGUCAGCUGUGUAUGGAAACCUAUUUUGAAACAGGACACUCCUCUGAAAUGCCUGUCCACAGUUAGGAGUGCUGUGAAGCAAUACAGGGUCUCGAUUUUGCUCAUUCUGUCCCUUAAGUUCCUGUUUCCACCCAUACAGAGUGUGGAUUUUGCAGCUGGUACAGGCAGCUGUCUCUUAGGGAGCCUGUGUGCAGGGGUGAUUCCAGGCAUGUCUUCGAUGGUGGAAUGUGACACUGAAAUGCUUCCUGCUAGUGAUGGUGGCCUCCAGGGCCCUGGUGCUGGCUGCCACUGUGGGCUCCUGUUUCUGUGACUGAAGCUGUGUCCUGUUCAUGAGCAGGAAUGGAAAGUUGGCCGGGGCUGUGUCCGGUCCCGGCGCGGUGGGAAACGUGCGGGAGAGCUGUGGCAGGGUGGCUGUGCCUUCCUGCAGGGAUGCACGGGGCUUUGAGCCGUGUGUCUGCUUUGCUUUGUGGGACCAUUUCCCACAGACUGCAGGGACGCAGUGAGGUACUUGGGAUUUUUUUCCAGUCUUGCCUUAGCUCACACUUUUCUGCCUGUGGGAAGAGCAAGCCAGUGUCAAAGUGCAGGGCUUGUAGUUGGAGGAAGAAACAAUAACACCAUUCUCCCUGUAAGUCCCUGGCUAUUUAACUUCAGAGCUUGACCUGCUUUGCUGGCAGCAUGAUGUUUCUGUAGCAAAUACAUUGAAAGGCCUGAUCUGGUCAUGUACCCACCAGCUCUUGAACUUGCUGAACUUGUUGAAAAGGAACACUGAGAGCAGAAAGUUGUCUAGAAACUCACAAUAAUGCAUUCAUUUCUGAAAGCGAGUUCUUCUGCUCUGUAGCCAGAGCCCAGCAGUGUGUGUGGUCAGUCACGUCAGUGGAGCCAGCAGAAAAGUAUGCCUAGGAUAAACUAAUAAAGGCGGAUGAGCUAACAAGGAAAUGGGACAGAACAUGCAAAAAGGCUAUAAACAGACAAACUUGGGAGUGCUGGCAGAAGGGAAGGUGUGUGUGACUAUGGGUUGUGGGAAGAAGGCUGUGCCAGAAACCAGAGGAGUCCCAGAAGGCCUCUGCUACAGCUGGGCAUCAAGAUCCCUGGGACACCACUCCUGCCUCGAGGCAUGUCUGGUUCGAGGGUUGGAAGCAUUCAGGAUAGAGCCAGCAGCAUGGUGGCUGCUUGUCUAGGAGUGCAUCCUGUCCGUCGUCCUGCAGCCAUCCCACCCUGCUCUGCUGCGUGCUGCUGGGGGUGGUGCAGGCAGGAUGCACGGAGACUUUUUCUGUUAGAGACGCAUUCUUUCCCCACUGGCUUUGUCUGGUUCUACAGUGUUCCCAUGCUUCUUCCUUCCCAGAGCUCACAUCCGGCUUCCUUUGGCUGCUGGGGUGUGCUGGGGACUGGAUGUGGCCCCACAGCUAACAACUUCCAGAGAGCAUGCUCCCCACUAAUGGGAAAAAUGUUGUUAUUGUUUUGGGCAGUUCCCGGAAUAGCCCUGCAGUGAGCGGUUGGGCACAGGCAGUCACUGCAGGAUGCCUUAUCCAGGGCUGAGUGCUCGGCCACUGUGAUGGCAGGUGGGCAUGCAGGUCAAACUCACAUUGCUAAAGAGAAUUAAAAUAACAAGCUGCCUAAUGGAGGUAUUUAUAGAAUCCAGCUCCUUAGUUUAAUUUCCUCUUUCACUGUUUGUUUUUUCAAGUUAAAAGGCACAGUGGAAAAGAAACCAAAGUUUGUUGACGCUCUUGCGGAGAAGUGCACUCCCCUUUGACCUGUGCAAAGUUCACAGAGACAUUUAUCCCAGUGUGCUGCUGGCUUCUGCUGCUCCAUAUCUGUUCCAGGUGCCUCCUCAGUGCCGCUGCACAGCGGGCAGCUGCCCAGUGUGGUGUGGCAGAGCCUGGCCGUGCUGCAGUGGCCACAGCAGCUUUGCUGGGCAGGUGCUGUGCCUGCCAUCCCUGUGGGCACGGGGCAGAGGAAGGUGCUGGGCUCGCUGGGCAGGGAGCUGGGUGGCCCUUGCUGCAGGUGCUGCUCGGGGCCCUAGGCUGGUGCUGCCCCCCGUUACCCCGUGCAUGGGCAGGCACAAACCCCACGGCCAGCGCUGCUGCCAUAGAGGGGCUUUGUGUGAGCCAGCACAGAGUGAGGAUUGAUGCCGUUUCCCCUCCCCCUGUGCAGAGCAGGGCUGCAAAUGGCUCCCACAAAGGUGCCCUUCUUCCUUUGCUGAGGACAGCGUGCCAGGGCUGAGGGGGAGGCAGCACACUGCGGGCUGCAGCACCCACCCCUCCUUCUGUGCUGGUGCUGGGGACCCCCUUGUCCUCAGCCUUGCCCAGGCUGACCUGGCAGCUGCUCAGGUUCCUGCGGGGGCGGCUGGGCCUCCCUGCAGCAGGCUCCAGCACGGUCAGACAGGGCCUGGCAGCGUUCAGCAGCAGGCACUUCAUCAGGGCACGUUUGGUGCAGGCACUGUGUGAGCAGAUCUGCUUCCCUGCAGUGCAGCUGCAGCUGUGUGGGAACCUGUGUGGUGUCCUUAACAUGCUGGGGAGCAUCAUCACUUACCUGGAUUUCAGUUCAAAAUGGCCUAAGAGAAGCUUAUGUCAGCAUUCAUUACCUCACAGCUCCUCCCAAAAUGUAGAAAGGUGUCACCACACAAUUGUGUGACUUUAAGUUUCAGAAAACAUUCACGAAGAACAGAUUGUAAGAUCCUUGUUACAUUCACAUUAUGUUUGUUCCAUGCUGUAUGUUUGAGGUUCUGCAUUGUUUGCGAGGCCCCUGGAUGAGCUGUGGGGUGGCACAGGUCUGUCAUUGCUGUGCCAGUGCCUCCAGCAUUCCUGCAGCAUUCCUGUGCUCCUCGCCCACCCUGAGGACAGGGAGCUUGCUGGGAGAGGAGGCCUUACCAUUGUGCUCGAAGGUUUGAGCUGCUUUGGGAGUGAAGAGGGUUGGCUUUGCUCUGUGUGCUGGAUGCGUGUCCUGGCACUAAAGCAGAUCUCUCUCCUCUGUUUGGUUCAUCAGCAAUAGUGUUUGCACCAACAGGUCACCAGCACAUGUUGUUUUGGACUCCUCAAGUAGUCUGGCUGUUCAUUUGACAUUAUUAUUAUUUACAUAGGGCCCAGACUUGCUCUCUUUUAUUGCCUGCAGCACGAUGUUUGUUCAGACUGGGCAUUGUGAAGUGUAAACCCAGGUCCCACUGGCACCAGUACUCACCUGCCUUUUCUAGAAGCAGAUCAGUCCACCAUGCCCGAGGUGCGAGACCUCAGCGAUGCCCUGCCCGAGCUGCCCAUGGACCCCAUCACAGGCGUCGGCGUGCUCGCCUCCCGCAGCCGCGCUCCCACUGGAUACGAUGUCGUUGCACAAACAGCAGAUGGCUUGGAUGCUGACCUGUGGAAAGAUGGCUUAUUUAAAUCCAAGGUCACACGGUACCUGUGCUUCACCAGAUCAUUUUCAAAAGAAAACAGUCAUUUAGGCAACGUCUUGGUAGAUAUGAAGCUCAUUGAUAUCAAGGACACUUUACCUGUAGGCUUCAUGCCCAUCCAGGAGACCAUUGAUACACAAGAAGUAGCUUUCAGGAAGAAGAGGCUGUGCAUUAAAUUCAUUCCACGAGAUUCUACAGAGGCAGCGAUCUGCGAUAUCCGAAUCCUGGGCAGGUCUAAGCAAGCCCCUCCUCAGUACACGUUCAUAGGGGAGCUGAACAGCAUGGGCAUCUGGUACCGGAUGGGCAGAGUGCCGCGCAACCACGACUCCGCACAGCCCGCGGCUCCUCCCGCCCCAGCACCGGCUUCAACCCCCGCUCCCAACCUGCCAAGGCACAUCUCGCUGACACUGCCAGCCAGCUUUCGGGGCAAGAGCCACAGCACCCGCCUGGAUCUGGAGCACCAGCACUCCAACCUGUAUGCCAUCUCAGCAAUGGAUGGAGUGCCUUUUAUGAUUUCGGAGAAGUUUGCCUGCGCUCCUGAAGGGAUGCAGCCGGUUGAUCUCUUGGGUAUCACAAUCAAAACCCUUGCAGAAAUUGAAAAGGAGUACGACUACAGCUUCCGGACGGAGCAGAGCGCGGCCGCCCGCCUGCCGCCCAGCCCCACCCGCUGCCCACCCGUGCCAGGGCCGCCGUCCUGAGGGGCCCGGCCUGAGAGUGUGUGUGUGUGUGCACUGCUGAGCGGGACAGGGGCACGGGACACGGCCAUGAACCAUGCACCCACCAUGGAACCACCCACCCUGGGACAUCCACCCUGGAACAUCCGCCAUGGAACAUCCACCACGGAACAUCCACCCUGGAACAUCCACCAUGGAACAUCCACCACGGAACAUCCACCCUGGAACAUCCAUCAUGGAACAUCCAUCAUGGAACAACCACCAUGGAACAUCCACCACAGACCAUCCACCAUGGAACAUCCAUCAUGGAACAUCCACCAUUGAACAUCCACCACAGAACAUCCACCACGGAACAUCCACCAUGGAACAUCCACCAUGGAGCAUCCACCCUGGAACAUCCACCCUGGAACAUCCACCAUGGAGCAUCCACCAUGGAACAUCCACCAUGGAACAUCCAUCAUGGAACCACCCACCAUAGAACAUCCACCACAGAACAUCCACCACGGAACAUCCACCACGGAACAUCCACCACAGAACAUCCACCACAGAACAUCCACCAUGGAACAUCCACCACAGAACAUCCACCAUGGAACAUCCACCCUGGAACAUCCACCAUGGAACAUCCACCAUGGAACAUCCACCACAGAACAUCCACCCUGGAACAUCCACCACGGAACAUCCACCACAGAACAUCCACCACAGAACAUCCACCACAGAACAUCCACCACGGAGCCAUCCCCAGCCCGGCCGUGUCCCCACCACCCCUGCCCUGCACUGCGCCACCCCUGCACACACCACGACCCCGGGGCAGCUGCCCCCACCCCACCCCUGCACUCCCCUCUCCACCUGAGUACAGCACUGGGAGCCUGACCAGCCCCUGCUCAUCCCCACUGGGUCACCCUGCUGCAGGACAGUCACAGCAUCCAGAGCUGCAGCAAACCUCUGCAGACAGCCAGGAGCUUGUGGAGACAUCUGAGCCCCAGAAGGAGCAGUACAAGGCACAGCUGGGCACUGCCACACCAGCUGCCCUGGAGCUGCUGGGCUCUCGACUCCUUGCAGCAGGAGGCUCCUCCGGCACUCAGUCCAGUGCAGAGCUCAGCUGCAGUGAAUGCCAAUCCCUCUGCCGAGGUCUGGGCACAGUAGUUCUGCUGUGGCUGGCAUCACUCUCAGACCCUCUGUGGUCACUGGAUUUGCUGCAGGCUGGGGCAGCCAGGGCCCCACUGACCCCGGCCCAGCUGCUAUGCACUGCUGACAGCUGGGGUGCCAUCACCUGCCCUUCACUGGGACAUUUCGCUAACAUGUUCCCCGCUGGCUGCUAAAACAAGAGAGAUGUGCCUGUUUCCUGGCAUUCAUGGGGAAGCACUGAACACUGACAUGGCACAGGAUGAGCGUGGGAUUCGUGGAACCCUGACCUCUGCCUCCCUGUGAUUCCUGACUGGGCUUGCUCCCUAGCCCAACGCAUGUCUUGGAGAAGUCCAUUGCUGUAAUAAGUUAUUUACAAGUGCCCAUCUGACUCUGCUGCUCUUUCAAGUCUCUGCUGUAGAACAAAGAUACAUCAUGCCAGCAAAAUGGCAAUUUUGGAAUGAGAGUUAAAACGUACAGUUUUUUAUAUUCUAAAAUACUGAUUCCCUGACCCCAUUGAAAUGCAAUUGCUAUGGUAACAGUAACAGUGUUGUUGCUCGCAGCCUGGGUUCUACACGUGCCCCGACCUACUUUGCACUCCCUUGGAUUGAUCUGGCAUUUUCUAUUUGCACAGAGUGGUAACUAAGAGCAGUUUUUGUACUGUCAGCUAAUAUUUUUUAUUUGUACAUAAAUAAGAUAAUUCUUGUCCAAAGAUUCAUUUCUGGUUUUAAGGCACCACACUGUACUGCUGGGAUAAAGAGCACAAAACACCGUGACAUUCGGGACAAGCUGAGUUCAGAUAUUUGCUUCAGCUUCUUCCAAUCAGGUAAAUAAUUUUCUGGAGCUGCCUCUGUAGAAUGGCCAUGUGGUUGGAGAGCAGAGGCCAAUUUGGUUGCAUGUGUGUUGUUUUUGGACAAAAGAGUUAAAGCUGUGCACCAGCUCUGGAGCCCUUGGGUGACCCCCUGGAACUGCUCGUUUACUUGGAGCUUGCACCACCAUUUUUAGUUGUUAUUUAUCCUGCAGUAAAGAAAAGCCAGACCUCACUGCCAGGCUUCACAAAGGGCAGAUUGAUGAUGCCGACAUCGACAAAUGAACAUACCAUGGCAGCUUGGUCAUUCGGCUCAGGUUCACUUCAAGUUCAAAUCCACUCUAUGCCGUAGUGCUGUGCCCAUGUCAUCCAUCUUUUGUCUUUCUAUUUUUCUGCUUGUAAUUUGUUCUGUAGUUUUCUGUGACAUCCAUUUAUAGCUUCUCCCGUGGCUCAGUGGUCACGGCAGGUAGGCAGGAGCCAUCUGCAGCAGUGCGUUCCUCGUGGCUUUGGGGUGAGAGCCGCCCUUCCCUGCUCGUGGUGGAGGAGGGAGGGCUGCAGACCAGCAUAGGGCACAGCACAGUCUGCAGAGCUCCAGGGGCAGGGCCUGCCACUGGGACGGGCACAGACAGCUGCCAGGAGCCCUCGAGCCCCCUCCUCGAGCCACCUCUUCUGUAAGGGCAGGGUUGCCUGCAUAGCGGAUGGGCUCAGCAAGGAGCAGGUUCUGAGAGCUCAGUGCCACAUUCCCUGGCUGUGUCUGGGGAAAUGGGGGCAGAGCUUUGAGCCCCUUAUGUAAGAGAAAAUCAGUGCUUUAAUAUUUAUACCCACUGCUAGGUUUGCUCAGCCUUCUUGGAGGGAAGGAGCUCAGCUUGCUCUGCAGUGACCUGCAGGAAACACUGGAUACUUGAAACACUGGCAGGAUACACGGCUGGGACAGGCAUCUACAUCUUCAGGAUAAAUUUGUAUACUUCCUUCUCCCUCUCUAACACUGGGCCAGCAAAGCUGCUUCAGGACUCACCUGCAGACCUUGAGAGAUGAGUUUGCUCUCCAUGCUGUGUUCCUGCACCAUGCAGGGACAGCCUGUUCCAAAGGCACAGACAGGACAGAUGCAGUUCCUGUGGGGCAAACACAGUGAAGGUGUUUUGAAGAAAAAGCUGCACCUGCUGAGUGCCAGCUGAGCUCUCAGCCCUGCUAACCACAGGCUGCAAAACGAGAUGAUUCCAAAAGGGAGGGGGCUCAGAGCCAGUGCUGGAAAGCACAGGGAGACACAGUGCAGGGUGGUUGACUGUGUCAACUUCUCAGUCCACUGAUCAGAGGAAGCUUUUUUUUAUUGCACUGCUGAAUUCCUGAGACCAGGGGUGUCAGGUCAGCAUUUCCACGGGAAGGUUUUAUUGGCUGUUCCAUAACUUUUGUACUCACGGCAGCUCAUUGCAAGGCUGGUCCUUGCACCCUUACAGUGAGUCCUCCAUGCUGGCGUGUCCAUGGCCAGUACCAGCAUCUCUGCAUCUUCCUCCCUGUCCAAGAUGUGACAAGACAUGAGACAUGGAAGAAUUGGCCCAGGCAGUAAAUGUUCAGGGAGUCUGAUGUGGAUGUUGUCUGGCUGUGGAGAAGCCUUCUGGAGCAUAAGGGGAGGGGAGGAGUCAGUGGAAAGCAACAGAAGUGAAUUUGCAGAGCUUUACCAGAUGUUCUUGGCUACCUUGCCUGAAUUUGUAGAACAAAACUGGUCUCUAGGUAGUUUAAUCUUGUGGCUGAUGGAGAAGUUAGUUUGCCAAAUUAUUAUACAUCUGCAACAGAGACAGAAAAGCAGCAGUGAGGGGUUUGCUUACUGUAAAAUACGCCUUCUGAUGUGAGUUCAUAGUGACACGCUGCCUCCCGGAUCCCUCACGGCAAGAAGCUGGUCCUGUGCCAAGGUGACUCGUGGCCACCAGGCCAGGCUGUGCUGUCUGCUGUGUUGAUCAAGGAAAGGCAAGAAGUUAGUCCAGAAAGUGAUGUAGAGUGUGAACUUUGUGAUAAAAUUCAAGUGUGAAUAGCUGUAGCAGGUGCCUUCCCUUAUGGGAGCACCUGGUAUCUGUAGUUCCAUAGGAGUAAACUGUGUCAGACUGUUCCUGUGACUGUCCCUGCGUGUCCCCACCGCGGUUGUUGGAAGUUUCCUGGGAGCCUCCUGUGCCCUGGGAGGUGGUUGGUAGUCUGUAGCAUUGGGCUUGUUUGGUUUCACACCACCUCUGCCCCUCAGUGUCCUGAGCUCUCCAGACUGAACCCGCCUGCUGCCCAGCCUGGAGAAUUCCCCUCAAGGGCACUGCCCGUGCCAGGUAGGUGCUAGUGGCAAGGGCAUGCCUCCACGGGCCUUGGCACCUGCUCUUCUGACAUCUCCUGGGAGGAGGGGAAAGGGGAUGGAGCCGGUGACCUCCCCCUGCUCCCCAGGUGACACUGGCUCUGUCCCCCCGGUGUGCCCACAGCUGCUCUCCCACGGCAGCCCCAGGAGCCUGGAGAGCUGCUCCUGCUCCUCCCAAAGGGCAGGCACACCUCAGUGCAUCCAAACAAUUACCUCAGCCCUGGAGCCUUGCCCAGCAGCCUGCUGUGCUGUGUGGCCACCCCAGCUUGUCCCCAGGCUGUGGGACAGAACGGGCACAGGCUGCUCCUCUGCUCACCAGCAGCUCUCUGAGGUGCUGCCCUGCUCAUCCACCACAGGGAAACCAAACACCUGGGAUAUUCUGGUCAUUUGUCGUGAAAUUGUUUCCUAACAGCAGCAGAUUUAAAUGUCAUCAUACAAAUGGCAGAGAGAAUCCUUUUAUGCAGUUGCAAAGUGGUUUUCUAAGAUGGUUGGGUUACUGAAAGUGAUUUUACUGUGCAUUAAUCUUAUGAAUGUUACUAUGUUUUGUAUUUAUUUUAGAUGACCCUCCUGUAUUUUACAAAGGGAAGUUUCAUUGUGUGAUAACUCAGUCUGUAUUCUUAAUAUAAUUUGUUAAAUGAAACUUGUUUUAAUCAGAUAA